CCCUUUGGAAUUUACCACCUUGUCUUCACUAGGAAAAAAGUGUUUGCAAAAAAAAAAAAGAAAUCAACAAAGAGCAACCACAUUGCAAAUAGAAGAUGCUCUUAGCUAAUCUGAAGGGGCAUUUGGCUGCCUCACAAAAACACUGUGUAUUUUGGCAAAGUUAGGAGCUUUGGCUUAGGAAGAUCCAUGUUUGGAAUAACAGGGUGUGUUGCAAGUCAAAAUUCAGGUAUCUUGGCAGAGAUGUAUGCGUAAUCUGGCAUGAUGCCUUUCUGCACUGUGCCUAGCUGUAGCAAGUGCUAAAGUCCCUUGUGAACAAUAUCUGAAUCUCAUUUUGAAAAAAAAAAAAAAAAAAGAAAAAAAAAAAAAGAGAGAGAAGAGGAGGAGGGAAGAGGGAGCCAGGAUUUAUUUUAACAUUUAGUGGAUAUAAAAAACAAGUAUCAAGAAGCAAAACAUUUCCAUGAAGCAUUCGCUGUGAAAAUUCUGCAACUUCUUGUUGCAAACCUCUUUAUCGCUUGGAUUGGCUGAUUUCCAGAGCAUCAAGGCUAGGAAUUGAGGGACUGAAAUAUAAUCAGUGGUGAUACAUUUUAACCACAUAAAACAUUCUCUGCUUCCAAAGCCUCGGGUGUCUCUAGUAAGCAGUGCAACAGCAACAGCUCCUUGCUGCUGAACUCCAGAGACGGGGAAAAUACUGGAUCAGAAUGUCCCAGCAAAGAUGCAUUGUGAUCUUUGCACUGGUAUGCUGCUUUGCAAUUCUGGUUGCACUGAUAUUUUCGGCAGUGGAUAUUAUGGGAGAAGAUGAGGAUGGACUCUCAGAAAAGAACUGUCAAAAUAACUGUCGGGUUGCUCUUGUGGAAAAUAUUCCUGAAGGGAUCAACUAUUCAGACAGUGCACCAUCCCAUUUGUCUCUUUUCCAAGGCUGGAUGAAUUUGCUUAAUAUGGCUGAAAAAUCUGUUGACAUAGUAUCUUCCCAGUGGGACCUCAAUCACAGUCAUCCAUCAGCAUGCCAGGGUCAGCGUCUUUUUGAAAAAUUGCUUGAACUGGCAUCCCGAAAUAUUGAGAUAAAACUAGUGAGCGAUAUACUGCCCGUGGAAUCAAAGGUAUUAAACGACUUGAAAACAAAGGGUGCUGAAGUGUUGUAUAUGAACAUGUCAGCAUAUAAUGAAGGUCGGCUUCAGUCAUCUUUCUGGAUUGUUGAUAAACAGCAUGUGUACAUUGGAAGUGCCAGCCUAGACUGGAGAUCGCUGGGACAGAUGAAGGAACUUGGCGUCAUCGUAUACAAUUGUAGCUGCCUGGUCCUGGAUUUACAAAGGAUAUUUGCGCUGUAUAGCUCAUUAAGAUACAAGAAUAAAAUACCUCCGAGUUGGUCUAAGAGACUAUAUGGCGUGUACGAUACUCAGAAUAAACUGACACUGCAGCUGAAUGAGACAAAAUCAGAAGCAUUUGUAUCGAAUUCACCUAAACUCUUCUGCCCAAAGGACAGAGUCCUGGAUAUUGAAGCUAUAUACAGUGUUAUCGAUGAUGCCAAACAGUUUGUAUACAUAGCUGUCAUGGACUACUUGCCGAUCGUCAUUGACACCAAUGCUAAACGGUACUGGCCAUAUUUAGAUGGGAAGAUAAGAGAAGCGUUAGUUUUACGAAGUAUUAAAGUGCGACUUCUCAUAAGUUUCUCAAGAGACACAGAUCCCCUUACUUUUAACUUUGUUUCAUCUCUGAAAGCUAUUUGCACUGAAGUUCCAAGCUGUAGCUUGAAAGUUAAAUUCUUUGACCUUGAGGAGGAAAGUGCAUGCUUUCUUAAAGAACAGAAGAACACUUCCCUUCCCAAAUUAAAUCGUAACAAAUAUAUGGUGACUGAUGGAGCUGCAUACAUCGGUAAUUUUGAUUGGGUAGGAAAUGCUUUUACGCAGAAUGCUGGAGCUGGCCUUGUUAUCAACCAAGCAGACGCGGGGAACAGCACAAGCAUCAUUAAGCAACUCAAGGCUGUUUUUGAAAGGGACUGGUAUUCACACUAUGCCAAAAGUUUACAACCAACAAAAAUCCCAAACUGCUUUAAUCACAAACUUAAUAAAGCAACAUCAAAUAAGACUGCCGUGAUCAAUGUGAAUUAGAAAGACUGCUUUACUGUUUAGUAUGGCAAUGAAAAAUUGCAGUGGGGUAUAGCCCUCUUUCAUACUUACAGACAAAAGACUUAAAGAAAAAGCAAAAAAAAAAAGUUUGGUUUGGGGGGGUGUUUUUAGGAAAAAGCACACUUACAUAAAAAAAUAUCUGAACUAUAUUCUCUAUAUUGACUUAUUUAAGACUUUCAAAUUUGUUACUUCUGACAUUGAAUGUCAUAUCUGCUUCCAUGUUAAUGUUUUGUGUUUGAAUUUAACAGCAUGUGUCAAUUUUUGUGUUUCAGUUUUAGGACUUUCCCUAACUGCCAUCCUGGCUAGAACAAA